AGGUCUAUUUAUAGUAACAUUAAAACGUGUAAUAGUGACAUCAUCGACAUCGUGUAUACUUGGUAACAAAAUGGCGGUUUUAAAUGAGUACUUGUGAACAACAGGUCAUCUUCCUUUGAGAGAAACAGAGAUUGUUCCCAGUGUUUUUGAACCUUCAGUUAAAAUGGUAUCACGUAGAACAGAAGAACUGCUAGCUACCAGAGGCCUGGACCUUUUCUCUGAUCCAAAUAACUUUCCAAGCGAUGAGGUCCUCCUCUCUCAACUUGUCCUGCCUCUAGAGACCUGCUGGGGAGCUAAUGACGUCUAUACGAUACUGCAGAGCAGCCCGACCGCCACCAACUUCUGUGGCAAAGUCUUCAAGAAUGGAGAGCCAGCUGUUUUCUGCAAAGACUGUCAAACCGACCCGACGUGCUGUUUAUGCUUAACAUGUUUUGAAAACAGUGAGCAUAAGAAUCAUCGAUACAGGAUGUUUGCUUCAGGUGGUGGCGGUUGCUGUGAUUGCGGUGACCCGGAGGCGUGGUCAUCAAAUGUUUACUGCUCCCAUCAUCAGCCCUCGAGGGAGAGGAGUGAAGAGGUGAAUCCACUUGAGAAUUUGCCACCUGAUAUGUCAGCCAAUGCCCAGUCCUUCCUCUGGACUGUACUGUGGUAUUGUGUGAGGGUUCUUAACUGGGAGAAACCCAAUGACCUUCCACAAAACCUACUCACUCCUCAGUCAAGAGAAAAAUUAUCUUCUGAUACUUUUGUUGCAAUGCUUAUGAAUGAUGAAGUACAUACUUAUGAUGAUGUUAUCAAUGGUCUACACACACAUGUUGGUUUAUCUAAUGCUGAUGCUGUCAGUUUGGCCACACUAGUUGACAGAAAGGGUCGGGGAUUUUUGAAUAAGGGGACACUGAACGAAUGCGAAAAAGCAAAGACAAACGUCAAUAGAUCUUUAGGUGGUCAUCCCUUGACUGUCCGUAUAUUUCAUACUACAAUUCUCUCACACCAAAACUGUGCUAUAUAUCUCUUGAACCUUCUGAAAGAUAGAGCAGAGAAAUCUGACGGUUUCUGCCGCCUCCUCUCAAUGGUAAUGUGCAAGCCUAGUCCAGAUGAUUACAAUAUGUCUCUCCUUGAUUACUUCUUUGUAAAGGACAGCACGAUAUGGAUAGAGGCUAGACUAUGUUGGCAAAGGCUAGUGAUGAGCUCAAUAUUCAAAGACUUUCAGUACAAGAAGGAGCUUGCUGUUUGUCUGGCCAAAAACUAUAAACAGCUUGCAAGAAACUUUUGGGAGGACACUCACCACCAUGACGUUUGUGCCAUUAAUCUCACUGUUCAGUUAUUCACUGUUCCAUCUCUGAGUCGUAUGCUAGUUGCUGAAUGUGAUGCUCUUUAUAUUGUCACUGAAACUAUUUUAGGUUUAGUUAGUCCUUUUAUCAGUAGAGAUGAUCAAUGUUUGUCACUGCAUUCUCGUAACUAUAAACACGGAAGGAUUGUCUACAUACUUCACGACUUGAGAUAUUUAUUAAGAAACAGACCAGAGGAGGUGACCGAUCAGUUUAAACAAAAGACCUACAAAGCUUUGGUACCAUUCAUCAAACUUCUAUCAGCCAUGAAUAAUAUGGAUUCUGUUAAGCGUCAGAGUGGGUCUCACGUGGUAAUGGAGCCGCCGUGGGAGAACAGUUUUAACUUCUCAAUCAUUCUACAGACGGCCAUUUUGUUGUUUAUCAAUUGGUGCCAAUCUGAUGAGGAAAUGCUUUUAGAGUCACUUAAAAUGUCAAUAAAAGAAUUACUCAAAGUUCAAUACAAGUUUAAGCAUCACAUGGUUGACAAGAAUCUAUUGGGGAGGAACAGUCCAACAAUGGAGCUGAUCAUGUUUGAUAUUUUAAAAGAGAAUGUCUCCUUUCAUCAACCACUCUCAAGAUUUGUGGCAGGUCUCUUACCUGGUGCUUCUAAAUAUAAUCUUUCAUUGUCUAGUAUUAUCAGAACUGCUACCAAUGACACCUCAAAUCAUGUCUACCUAUCACUGAUGGAGCCUUGUUCCAGAGCUAUUGUUUUCUCUUCGCAAGUCCUCAAUGGAAUGUGGAGGAGGAAUGGAUACAGUGUCCAGAAUCAAGCCAUCAACUACCAGCACCACAGCAGUGCUGAAAUCAUGUAUAAGAAGGACAUUGUAAUGCUACAGUCCAUUGCAGCAGUAUUAGAUCCUGAUGUAUUUGUGUACUCACUCAUUUACAAGUACAGGCUAGAGAAUUGGCUCAAAAAACCUGAAAGUGAUCCAAGAGAUAGAAGAGAAAGAGGUGAAGAUGCCAUGCGGUUUCUGAUGAUGGAGCUUGAGGAGUUUCUUUAUUUGCUGAUUGUUGUCUUUGGUGAGCGUUACAAUGUUGGGAUUGGAGAGGGCGUCACCACAGAAACCUCACUGGAGAGGGACCUCAUUCACAUAUUGUACUUUGGUCCUCAGCCUCACAGCCAAAUAAUGAAAAAAUUUAAAUUUACUGAUAAUGAUGAUAAGAUAUCUUCACUGAUCAAGAAAGUAGCACAUUUGAGGACUGUCUCAAGGAAGAGUCUAUUUGAGCUGAAAGAUGAUUAUCUGAAGCAAUAUGAUCCUUUUUAUUAUCAAUACACGAAAACAGAUCAAUCACAAGCUGAAGAUGUUUGGAGGAAGAAGGUCAAAGCUAGUGGAGGUGCUUCAAGACUAGCUCCUUCUCCGCCAUGUUCUCCUCCUCCUUUCACUGCCCCCUAUCAAGGGGUCCUGAAUCUUUUAUCUUCGCCAGUCCUGGUUAGAGUAUUUUAUAAUGUUUUCAAGGCAGCUGCUACUGAUGGAUCAAAGUUUUGGUCAGUAAGACUCCUCCAUGAGAGUCUUCAUUUGUGUUCCUUGAUGUUGGUAGAGGAGGAGAGACAAGGCAGUAAUGAUUUCCGUAAGGGAUGUCUUGGAUUUGACACUAGGAAUGAGUCAUUAUUGCCAUAUUUGGAGAGCCUGAGGUCGACUUCUCGAGUUGAAGAGAGACAGCAUCUCCUCCAUUGGGUCAUUAAGGUACUCCACACUGCUAAGAGAGAGUUAGAUAUGACAGAAUCCUCUUCUUCCUCCAAUGAAGGAGGAGCUGAUAAUAAUAUGGUGGUAGAGGACAUUGACUCUCCUGGUCUGGAUAAGAAAAGAGCUAAGGCUGAAGAAUACAGACUAAAGCUAAUGAGGGACAUGGCACUCUUGCAGAGGAAGUUUUAUGAUCAGCACAAAGGAGAGCUGGACCUCAUUGAGAGCGAACCUAAAAUAGGACAACAAACAAAUAUACAGAAGGAUCCCAUUCUUGCGAAAGGUCCUGCGGUGGGUGUGGUUCCGUUCCUAAAUCGUUCCAAUACUAAAGUGUCUGCUAAGUGUAUUCUCUGUCAGGAGGAGGCGGGGGAUGUUGCCUUGGAAACCGACAAACGGUUUGUCCUAGCGACUUGUGUCCAGCGCUCAACCGUAAUGAGAAGAACAUCUUGUAAGGUCACCGGAGAUGAAAAAAUUGACUAUUUGAGUGGUUUAUUAGAUGCAAAGUGGGGCGUCUACUCUGGUGGGUGUGGUCAUAUAAUGCAUUACACCUGCUGGCAAAAGUAUGUUGAUAAUAAGAAACAGGAGCACAGUCUAAGACGGUAUUUCUUCCCAGUACCAGGUCACACUAUCCUAUGGGGGGACGGAGAGUAUCUCUGUCCUCUCUGUCAGACCUACGGGAACACCAUCCUUCCUCUAGCCACUCCUCUCUACUUCACUACUGCCUGUAUGAGACCAGAGGCCUCUCCCUCCCUGGAAGACUGUCAGUCACUCAUUAAUUCAGCUCUGACCAGAGGGUUGGAGAUUACCAGUGCGGCAGAGUCUCCCGUUGAUUUGCCUGAAUUCAAUGUGAAGUUAAAGGGAUUGUUUCCUCAAUUUACUGCAUACGUUGUGCCUUCGUCAUGUGUUGCGAGCAGUAAAGAUGACAUGGAGUCAUUAUUUACCCAGUUUGUGUUCAUGCAAGGAUAUGCCUCUCUACCUGAUGAACAGAAUGAGAAUAUUCCACUGGCCCAAUGGCAGAACUGUGCCUACACUAUCUCUGGAUUAGAGCAUGCGUCAAGAAGUGAGGGCAAGUUCUUGUUGGACAGUGUCACAAUAAGACAAUUGUAUAUUGUUCGUUCUUUGAUUCAUUUUGGUUGGAAAGCAACUAAUAUGUUAGACACUAAGAAACUAUCGGAACACAUUAACAAAAUGUGCAACAUUCUACUCCCAUCGUUGUCAGCAUUCAGUGAGCAGCCCUCAGUAGUUGAUAUGGACAUAUUCACAUUAAUAGUUAAUCUUCAUUUCUCAAUCUCUUCUCUGCUCAAUCGUCUAACGACUGAGAAGCCACACCUCCCACAAGAAAACCCUCUCCUUGCCUCUCUCAUGGGAAUGACGGACGAGUACCUCAUUACCAUGGGGACUGCAGUACAGGUGAUGCAAUACCUGCUCUGUGCUCCUGGGGGAGGAGAUAUGGAAACUGACUCAGUGGCUGAAGCCUCAGGCAGUGACCCUGAACUAGUCGAAGGUUGUGAGUUACAAAGACUUUGGUCAAUUGUUCAUCGACACGCUGGAUCUGAUAACAGUGACAACCCCCCCUCUCCUUAUUCCCUGUACAUUGGCAUGUUGGAACAUCUUUAUCCAUUCCUUCAGCGUCUUGCUUUAUUUGUAAACUGUUUGACUGGAACAGACUUCAUUCAUUCUUCAGCUUCAAUGGCAUCCAAUUUCACUGAUCUAUGUGCUUACCUCAAUCUUCCUCAAUCUUUAUCUUCUCUCUUCAUGAAACCUGCUGUCAUUAAAUUGUGUCAAAAUUUGUGUUCUCAUCCUCGUUUGGCUGAUGUUGUCCAUUGUCUCAAUUCCUCAUCCUCCACUCUCAUAUCAGUCAGUGCUUCUCUCACUCCUUUAGCUGUCCAGCCAACAAGACGUCUCAUUAAUAUGCCAAAGAGAUACGCUGAGCUUAUCAAAAUGGCGUCUGAAUUCAAGUGUCCUAAAUCAACGAUGGAGACUGAUGAUACACAGAACACUCAGACUGUCAUGCUUUGCUUGUUGUGUGGAGAGCUCUUGUGCACUAACUGUUAUUCUUGUCAAGAGUCUCUCAGCGACGACGAGUCUGUCAAAAUCGGUCAACUGACUCAGCAUUCUCAACUGUGUGGGGGCGGUAUUGGUAUAGCUAUGUGGAUAGUGGAGAGUUUCGUUGUACUACUUGAUGCAAGGGACCUUCAUAAUGUGUGUGGGUGUACACUGACUCCACCCUUCAUUGAUGAAUAUGGGGAACCAGAUCCCGGACUAAGACGGGGUGAACCACUGAAUUUCAAUGAAGAUAUAUACAAAGAGAUACAGGAGCUGUGGCUAAGUCAUAAAAUACCUGAGAGAGUUCACAAAGAGAUGGAGCAGAAUUUAAGACUGAUUAAAAUCAAAUGGUCGCUGAUGUAGAGCUGGAACAUCCUAUAUUAUUAUUAUUAUUAUUAUUAUUAUUAUUAUUAUUAUUAUUAUUAUUAUGGAGAUAAAUUUCUACUUAAUUCCCCUUUGUUCUCUUCUUUGCUUAGUUUCUUUCUCUCUGUCUUCUCCUCUCCUGUCUUAUUGUUAAAUAGUAUAUUGUUAGAUAUCAUUAUUAUUAUUUUCAUUUCUUAUUAAUUUGCACUGACUAAAUGCUGCAUUAAUAAAAAUGAUAAAAAAGCAAACAUUGUAAUUUUAAAAUUGUUUGAUAAAUUGUUAGCACUUCAA